AUGGCUACCAGCGUGUUGCAAGCUGCCCAGAUCUACGAAGAUCCCGAUGUCUUGUCGUCGUCCCCACGCAAGAACCAUACCCGAGCACCUUCGGUUGGAGAUGUGCUACGCGGUCGACGACGGGACAAUAGUCCAACCAAGCCCUCACGAUCGCCUCAGAAUGAUUGCACUAGUCCUUCCCCGCUGGGUGAACGCCACAUCAACAGCUUGAGUCCUCCGCAAUCCACCACCAAGGUGCCGACCAAACAGGAGGAUGGGAACCGUCCACCCAUGCAUAAGAAGACUAGCAGCUCUGUCUCCCUGAGAGACCUCAUCAUGGGUCGGCAAGCCGAGGACAACGGCAUCCGCGCUGAUCGGUCGGCAACCUCGAGCCCGAAGAAGCAGAAGUCAUCGACCAACCUUGCAGGCUUGCUGAAGAAGAAGUCCAGGAAGGAUCUGAAAGAGCCAGCUCGCAACCAAGAGAAUGUCUCGCCGUCAAAAUUGGCGGCUCCCGAGCCGACUCCUAUCUGGCGACAAUUCGCCACCCAGCCGCAAGAGAAGAGCGAUGGUUCGAUACAGUAUCCGCAAGCCGUGGGUAGAUCGCUUGAAGAGGAGAUCAGUCUGUACACACCCAGGGACUACUCUGAAUUCCGGCCACAUGAGCAGAGGAACUUUUAUGGAUACGGGCCUUCCCCGGUAGACUACAAACCACCACAGAGACCUUUCCUGGAGCACAAAUCGAGCCGGAGCUCAAUCUUCAGCGAGCAUUUGGAUGAGGAUGUGCCGGAACUGAAGCGACCAAAGAGCCGCGAUCAGAGUAGUAGUCGGCCCAGCUCGUCCAGAGUGACACCUGCAGUACCGGAGAAGGAGUCAAGUCUGCAGAAGGCUAGCCCCGAGAAGAGCAAGCGUUCCUCAAGGGUCUUGGACGUAAUUGCGACCUUCAACAUGCGGUCAAAGGAGUCUGCACCGUCCACACCAGUCACACAGCAGCCACUGAGCCCGCAGGAGUUAGACGACCAGUUCGAAAAGGUGCUCGACGCACGCAACAUCCCCCACAACAUGCGUAACACUAUGCGGAAUCUAAAGCCCGAGCUGAAGGCCGCAUUGAUGAGGGGCGAACGCAGUGGGAGCGGUGAUUCCUCAAGUACCUCCACUCCUGCCGAGGCGAGAACGAGCAGAAGUCCCACCAAGAAAGACGAGCGGCCCAAGAGUGAGGACGGUGAUGGUAAGGAUGGCAAGCGACCUCGGUCGCGCUCCCGUACUCGAAGCCGAAUCUUGACCCUCAGCAAACGCGAUGUGGCCGAGUCGCCUGCUGAAAAAGAAAAGAAAGGCAGUUCUUUGCGCUCGCGGAGCAAGACGCGCCCAAAGUCGGUUGACAUGAGCUCUAGCCGUCCAGGCUCUGCUCGCUCACUAGGCUCGUCGGGGUCCGCAGCCUCGCUUGCUGCUGCACCUGACAGUGCGACCACUCCCGGCGACUUCAUUCACUACCUGCGUGAAGUGCAGAAGCCAUCGCUUGUCGAAGUCGGCAAGCUUCACAAGCUUCGCAUACUACUCCGUAACGAGUCAGUUACCUGGACCGACACUUUCGUGACCAAGGGCGGCAUGAAUGAACUUGUCCAACUUUUCUACCGGAUCUCCAAGGUCGAAUGGCGGGAAGAGCACGAGGAUAAUCUGUUGCAUGAGACGCUGCUCUGCUUGAAAGCCCUGUGUACGACCGAGCUGGCCAUGGAGAGAUUUGCGCAGAUUGAGGACGAGUUCUUUCCCUGCUUACUCUCCAUGCUUUUCGACCCAGAGAGGAAAGGACCGUCCGAGUACAAUACUCGGGGAGUGGUCGUUUCACUUUUGUUUGCUCACCUAUGCGCCGCGCAGUCUCGACCAGGACAUGAGCUCGAGGCUCGUGCCAGAAAGAUUUUGGGACUUUUGCAAGAUCCAGCUCCUGAGCAGGGCAAGCAGACACUCGAGUUCGUCUCGCAGAUGCACAUGUCCCGACCUUACCGCGUGUGGAGCAAGGAAGUGACCAAUGUGACCAAAGAAGUCUUUUGGAUCUUCCUUCACCAUCUGAAUGUCGUACCGAUUCUGGAGAACAGCAAUCCCGAAUUGAGCUAUAUGCAGAAGCACUUUCCAGCCCCGAGACCGCCGCACCCCGCGGCUCCUUACGUUGGCGGUGUCGAGUGGGAGGCAACCCAGUACCUUGCCAUCCACCUCGACCUACUCAAUGGCAUUCUUGCAUCUCUGCAUGAUGCUGAUAGUCGCAACUCGUUGCGCAACGAUCUCAAGCAGUCGGGAUGGGAAAAGGCCAUGGGCAGUAGUCUGCGAACCUGCAAGGAGAAGUUCUAUGGCGGUGUGCAUGAUGGUCUCAAGAUUUGGGUGGCUGCUGCAAAGGCAGAUGGUUGGGAGGUGGAAGAUGUCCGUGCUGGACCGCCCCGCGAGAGUAGUAGUCCGAAGAAAAGUCCCAGCAAGAACGCUGAGCCGGCUCCAAAGAUCGGCUUCGAUGUCAUGCCGAAGAGAGACGAGGGGUGGUUGUGA